CCAUCACUGCGCGUUUGUUCCUCUUGUUGCUGGCCUGGCUGCGGCCCCGUCAUCGUCGUCGGUGUAUUUUUAAUCACUUUUCUCGCUGCCUGUGGCUUCGAAAAUAUUGUACAAAUUCAAAGACGUGCAAUCAAUACACAUAUAAGUUAUUGUUUAUAUAAUAAGAUUUGUUAUGUGUUGAUUUUAAAUGCAAAUGCUAAACGUACGUGAACUUUUGUAAUAUUUUCUACAAACAGCUAAGGGAGCAAACAACUAAAAACAAAUUGCAUAUAAGUGUGUAUGUGUGUAAUAUAUAUGUAUGUGCGUGUGUGAGCAACAAGGCUGAUAAAUUUAAAAACAAAAAAAAAAACGUAACUAAACUAAACGACAAACAAAUAAUAAAUCGAGUAUCCAACAUUUAAAAUACAACACAAUAAAAAAUGGAAGCAAUUGCCAAACAUGAUUUCUCAGCGACGGCCGAUGAUGAACUCAGUUUUCGUAAAACUCAAAUUCUAAAGAUAUUAAAUAUGGAAGACGAUUCAAAUUGGUAUCGCGCUGAAUUGGACGGGAAGGAGGGGCUGAUACCCAGUAAUUAUAUAGAAAUGAAAAAUCACGAUUGGUACUAUGGACGCAUCACACGAGCCGAUGCUGAAAAGCUGCUGUCGAAUAAACACGAAGGCGCCUUUUUAAUACGCAUCAGCGAAUCCAGUCCCGGCGAUUUCUCCUUAUCCGUCAAAUGUCCCGAUGGCGUGCAACAUUUUAAAGUUCUGCGCGACGCACAAAGUAAAUUUUUCCUGUGGGUAGUCAAGUUCAAUUCCCUCAACGAACUGGUCGAAUAUCAUCGAACGGCGAGCGUGUCGCGAUCACAGGAGGUCAAACUGCGUGAUAUGAUACCUGAAGAGAUGCUUGUGCAGGCGCUAUACGACUUUGUGCCACAGGAAUCCGGGGAAUUGGACUUUAGACGCGGUGAUGUCAUCACCGUUACAGACCGAUCCGAUGAAAAUUGGUGGAAUGGCGAGAUUGGCAAUAGAAAAGGCAUUUUCCCAGCAACCUACGUGACGCCAUAUCAUUCAUAAUAAGAUAAACCCCCCCAUCACACACUUACAUGCAUAAAAAUAAGCAUGAAUUAAAAACACAAAAUACAAUACGGAAAAAAAAACACAAAAACAAAAACAAAUACCACACACUAUGAGCAGCUAAACACAAAUCUCAAGUACUGUUCAACAUUUAUUAUAUGAUAUGAACUUGGCAUAUUUGAUAUCGUAUACACUUUAAACAGCAUAUAGCCAAUUGCAUUUUUUACGUUUUUGACAAACAGUUUGGGGAUGUAUUCUAAAUUGUUAUUAAUAAAAUAAAAAGUAAAAUAGAAAGAACAUUAUGAAGAGUACAUGUACCAAUUAAACCGACAACUGCACUUAUAUGAUGAAUAUAAGGAAUGGCACACUAUAUUAUUAUUGUAACUGAACGAUUUUUGAUAUAAAUAUAUACUUUAAGUUCCAUCAAAUGUAAUUGUCUUGUGCUUCAAAAAACGUACACAACUAUAAUCGCACUGUUUAUUUUGUGUGUACGUGUGUGUGUGUGUAUGUGUUGGUGCGUUUGUGACAGAGAGAAAGAGGAAUUUAUGAUAAUUAAAUAUAUAUUAAAAAAAUUACCAAUAAUUUAACAAAAAAAAAAAAAAAAACUACAGCUUAAACAAAUUCACUAUGAAAAAAAAUUUUGCCUAAAUGUCUCAAAGCGAAGACAUUUAAAAUAAUUAUUAUCAUUAUUAUACUUACUAUGAUAUAUAUUUAUAUAUAUUAAUGACUCGAUAUUAAGCGCAAAUUUUGCCUCAGUUGCACAUGUACGUAAAUUUCGACGCUCUUGUAACAAAAUUACAUGAAAUCUGAUUCCUCAUUUAAAUGCAUAUACAUA